AUGUAAUUCUAAAUCAUAGGCAAAAAUGGUGUUGGAAAAAGAACUCUGAUUGAACUAUUAUAAUAAAAUUUUCAGUUAGAAUUGGUUACAUCCAGAGCUGAUGUUGCAAUCUAUUUAUUUGACAUUAGUGAUCAAAACAGCUUAGAAUACUUAAAAAAUCGUUACAAUUCAGAAAUCUAAAAUAAGAGUACAUAUUUGAUUGGCAAUAAACUUGAUCUCAUAGAUCGAAGAAAAGUUUCGAGUAAAAAUGCUUCAUUUACAUCUACAAAGGUGAAAAUGCCCUUAAAUUCUCUGCAAAGUAUGGAAUGAGCUACCAUGAAAUAUCCUGUAUCACCAAAUAAAAUGUUAGUCAUCUCAUCUAUGUAUUCAUUUCCAUUUUAAUCUUAGACUCUUUAAUUAUAGAUAUAAUAGAGUGGAAAUAAGUCUUAUAGACACUAAAAAUCAUCGACAAUCUCUGUUCUUAAGUUUAAUCGUAUAUCAAUGAAAAACAAUAAUGUUUCUCAAACAGAAAGUGAAGUCUCACCCAAUUCAAAUAGAAUAGAUAAUUCUUAAGGAAAUAAUAACUAAAAAAUUAAUUCUACUCAUUCCUUUAGAUAAAAGGAAUUUAAUGUUAACUAAUCUUAAAUUCAUAUGAGAAGAGUUCAAACAUAUAUACAAGAAGAUUAAGAUUCACCUUUAAGGUAAAAUUUAGAGAAUCAAAGUAAAUCCAUUUAUAAUGAUUCAUAAAAUAGUCCAUCAAUCAAAUAAGAUUAAGUAAUGAGCUUUUCAAAUAAGAAUACAAAUACAUUAUAAUAGACUUAACAAAAAUAAUCAGAAGUCAAUACAUAUAAAUUCAAUUAAUUUAGUAGUGAUAAUACUCCUAAAAAUUCAAGAAUCAGUAGAUGGAUUGAUAAUGAUACCAAUAAGAAUUAAAAUUCUAAUUCUUAAGUUAUCUUUUAAAGAUCACCUUCUAAAUUACAAUCUUAAAUCUAUACAAAUAGAUCAGCAUUUAAUGAAAUGAGUAAUUCUUAAGAUAAAUUUACAACUAUUUAAGAUGCAAUGAAAAAUGGAUUGGAUUAAUUUAAAUAAUUUUAAGCUGAAAUUGAAGAUAAAUAUAUAUAUGAAAUUCAGAAUUACAUUUAAGUAGAAUGUGAAAAGAUUUUUGACAGUUUUAAUUAAGAUUUAUAUUAAUAAAAAGAAUAAAAGUUGAAAUCAGAAAAUGUAUUAAAAAAAAAAGAUUCUAUCAAUAUAUAUGAAAUCUCUUAAUUUAUUAAAUAAGAAAAUGAAAAUAGUACUAAAAUUAAAACCUUUUAAAAUAAUUAUUUUCAUCAUUAAACAAAAUCAACUACUUUAACAAUUGAAUAAAAUCCUUAAUCUAGUUAAGAUUAUAUUUCUAAAAUGGCUACAAAUAAGUCUCUCAAUUAACCUAGUAAAAAUACUAAUAGAAAUAGUUAUAGAAAUAAAUCUUCAAAUGGUAUUGUAGUAUAAUUGAGAGAAUAAGUCAAUACUUAGUUUAAUAAAACUCCAGAAAGAUAAUUGAAUUAUAAAUCUAUCACACCAAACAAAUAACUCAUAAAAUGUGUUGAUAUAAAUGAUAAUAAGAAUCAGAAAUUAUUUUCUGUUUAAUUUAAACUCAAAACAGGCAAAACAAUUAAUAUAGUUAUGAAAAAAAAUGAUAAUCUAAUUCAAGUUGCUUAAGAAAAUGCUCAGAAAUACAAAUUGGAGCAUAAUGUUUAUAUAUAAUUACUUAAAAUUUUAAAAGAUAAAUAUAGAACAAUUUUAGAAAAUUAUCAUAUGUGA